AAUAUUUUAAAUUUUAUUCAGAAUCCGGACCCCUACUACCCACGAUAAAGCUACUUUCGAUUUGACAGGAUCCGGAAGUAUGUGUCUAAGUUUCAAGUCGGUAGACACUUGCUGAGUUGUAGUUCACAGACCGGCCGGCGUAAUAAUGGCUCACUUCGUGAAGACAUGUAUUCGUAAUUUUUCCACGUCUGUAGUGCGUGAGCAAGCUAUAAAAUGUGUGACAGUGAUAGGAGGUGGACAGAUGGGAGCUGGUAUUGCACAGGUUGCAGCAACUACAGGGCAUCAAGUAGUAAUUGUGGACCAAUCAGAGGAUAUUCUCAAUAAGUCUAAGGCUUCAAUUCACAAAAGCCUGCAGAGGGUAGCCAAGAAAAAGUUUGCUGAAGAUGCCAAAGGUGGAGAAGCAUUUAUAUCCGAAGCCAUUGACAGAGUCAGUAUCCAGACAGAUGCCUCGAAUGCUGUGGGCAAUGCAGAUCUCGUUAUAGAGGCCAUUGUGGAAAAUCUAGAUGUGAAGAAGCAACUGUUUACAAUUCUGGAUAAGGCAGCCCCUCAACACACCAUAUUUACCAGCAAUACAUCCUCCUUGCCCAUCAAGGAUAUAGCAGAGUCCACACAGAGAAUGGACAGAUUUGGUGGUCUCCAUUUCUUCAAUCCCGUCCCUGUAAUGAAGUUACUUGAGGUUAUCAGAAUUCCCCAAACCAGUGAUGAAACAUUUGAUAAACUACUGGCCUUUGGAAAAUCUAUGCAGAAAGCAACUGUAAAUUGCAAGGACACCCCAGGAUUCAUUGUGAAUAGACUGCUGGUACCAUAUAUGGUGGAAGCAGUUCGACUCGUAGAGAGAGGCGAUGCUACCACAAAAGAUGUAGACACUGCUAUGAAAUUGGGUGCAGGAUAUCCCAUGGGACCAUUUGAGUUGUGUGACUAUGUAGGGUUGGAUACCAUGAAGUUUAUUAUGGAUGGUUGGUGUGAGAAAUACCCUGAAAAUCCUCUUUUUCAACCAAGUGAUAUGCUGAACAAGCUGGUCGAUGAAGGAAAAGUUGGAGUAAAAGCAGGAGAGGGUUUCUAUUCCUACAAGAAGUGAUCAUCACCAUAUUCAGUGCUUUAAUUUGCAGUUUUCAACAGUCUUUGUGUGACCAAACUUGUAUAUUGCAUUGUGAAAGACGGAUAUGCAGUGACAGAAAAUAUAUAUACCAGGUAUAUUGGAACUGUAACAAGCGUUUUCUUUUGAAUAGAGAUAACUUUUUAUAAACAAAAUAACAAAGCAGAAAUCACUUUUAGUGAAAUUACAAGCAAUGUAUUAUAAUUUUUGUAUGGAAGAUUUUCUACAAUGAAGACAGCUUUCUAUUGUUAAUGUCUUUUACACCUCAGAGAACUUUCAAUGAAGCCAUAGUCCUACUGGUACAUACAGAAUGUACUUUAUUGGACAAAAUAACACAUUAAUUAAUGUUUUCCAUCAUACUUUUUUAUCGAUUUGUAAAGAGUUAUAUGUAAUUUUUCAUGAUGGUUGAAUUUGAUUUUGCAAUGUUAAUAAAUAAUCUAAACAGUU